AUGUCAAAAAAUACUGGCGAAUGCUGUCCACCGCAAUCCACCUCCAAUCCGUCCAAGCCUAAUGUCCCUCACACCGUAUCCGACCCUACGGGAUACGAGUAUAAAGGGAGAUUUGAGAGUGUUGGCGAUUAUGAAAAGGUCUACGUGACGGGUCCCGAUGAUGCCAAGCACGCUUUGGUCGUUAUAUAUGACAUCUUUGGGUUCGGGGAUACGACCAUAAGAGGCAAACCUUUCCCCAAGGAUCAAGAUGGUAACAAGGAGGAGCUUAAGAAGUUCUUUGCUGGGACUCUGAAGAGAGAUCAUGGAAUUAACAGAGUAUCGAUCCUCGGAUACUGCUGGGGUGGUAAACUUGCCUUCCUCUCGCUCACAUCUGGAACGCCAUUCUGCUGUGGUGCUGUCAUUCAUCCCGCUAUGAUUGCACCUGAAGAUGGAGAGAACUUGACUGUUCCAUUUGGUUUUUACCCCAAUGUAGUUGAGAAGAUAGAAGAAGCUAUAAAGUCUAAACCAUUUGCUAGCAAAUCGGAUUAUCACUUGUAUGAUACCGUUCAUCAUGGUUGGGCAGCUGCUCGAGCUGAUCUCAAAGACCCGGAGAACCUCAAGCAAUACGAGGACGUGUACCAGAGAACUGCAGAUUACUUUGCCAAAGUUAAGUGCUGA